CUUUAAUGAAGGCGACCUUGUGUUAUUUGUAUAAAUACAGAAAGGUGUGAGCAGAGAUUAUAGUAGAAAGUCUCUCUUACAAACUUACAACAUGAUCUCUAAGGUAUCCAUUCUCUUUGCUGUCUUGGCCGCAGCCAAUGCUAGUCUCCUCCUAGCUGGACAUGGACACCUCGUCAAUACCGGUGUCAGUGCACGACAACAAGUUCAAGAUGGACAUGGAAAUUACGCUUUUGCUUACGACAUCAAGGAUGGCAAAGGAGCCACCAACUCCAGAUCUGAAGUAGGAGAUGCUCAUGGAAACAAGAAGGGAUCAUACACUCUCGCUGACAUCGAUGGACGAGCAAGAAAGGUUGAAUACGUUGCCGAUGGACAUGGAUUCAGAGCUGUUGUCAAGACCAACGAACCUGGUACCGCUCACAGUGCUCCAGCUGCUGCUGUCAUAGCUAGUCCAUACGCUGCUCCAGCUGAUAUCGCCCACGCUGCACCCGUCGCUCAUGUUGCACCCGUUAUUGGACAUGGUAUUGCAGCUCCUUUAGUUGCAGCCGCUCCAGUAGCUUAUGGUCAUGCUGGUCUCGGAUAUGGACUUGGACUCGGUUAUGGAGCCGCUAUUGGUCAUGGCGCAGGUCUUGGUUAUGGAAUUGGUCUUGGACAUGGCUAUGCUUUUGGAGGACAUUACUGUUCAAUGCACACCAAAAUUGGUGCUAUCGGAAGAGAAAAUAAUUCUCGUAUGGUGCGAAAGCGUAAGAGUCAGGUGGACAUGGAAAUUACGCUUUUGCUUAUGACAUCAAGGAUGGCAAAGGAGCCACCAACUCGAUCUGAAGUAGGAGAUGCUCAUGGAAACAAGAAGGGAUCCUACACUCUCGCUGACCUCGAUGGACGAGCAAGAAAGGUUGAAUACGUUGCCGAUGGACAUGGAUUCAGAGCUGUUGUCAAGACCAACGAACCUGGUACCGCUCACAGUGCUCCAGCCGCUGCUGUCAUCGCUAGUCCAUACGCUGCUCCUGCUGAUAUCGCACAUGCUGCCCCUGCCGUAGUUGGACACGCUGCUGUCAUCGCUCCUGCUCAUGGUCUCGGAUAUGGUGCUGGUCUUGGACAUGGAGCAGGUCUUGGAUAUGGUGCUGGUCUUGGACAUGGAGCAGGUCUUGGAUAUGGUGCUGGUCUUGGACAUGGAGCAGGUCUUGGAUAUGGUGCAGGUCUUGGAUAUGGUGCUGGUCUUGGACAUGGAGCAGGUCUUGGAUAUGGUGCUGGUCUUGGACAUGGAGCAGGUCUUGGAUAUGGUGCAGGUCUUGGAUAUGGUGCUGGUCUUGGACAUGGAGCAGGUCUUGGAUAUGGUGCUGGUCUUGGACAUGGAGCAGGUCUUGGAUAUGGUGCAGGUCUUGGAUAUGGUGCUGGUCUUGGACAUGGAGCAGGUCUUGGAUAUGGUGCUGGUCUUGGACAUGGAGCAGGUCUUGGAUAUGGUGCAGGUCUUGGAUAUGCUGCUGGUCUCGGAUAUGGAGUUGGUCUUGGCUAUGGAGGUGUUCUCGGGCAUGGUACAGCUUUAGGAUAUGGAGUUGGUAAAGGUCUCGGAUAUGGCUAUGGAGGACAUUAUUAAACGUUUAUAACUCAGGUCACUUUAAUAGAGGAGGAAAUAAGAAUGACUUGAUUAAUAGCUGCAUUGUUUACAAGAGUUAUCAAAUGUCUUCUUCAACAUUGCAACUUUCGAUUCUCUUCUUAUAAUGUUUUUGUUUUUCUCUGACUGUCAAAGUUCAAACUGCAAAGACUUGUAUCUCUCGUACAUGAUAUAUUAUGUAAAUAAAUAUUUAUUUAUUUUAA